CAAAGACAAGCCCGUAGGGCAUGCACCUCUCGUAAUCUUCCAUUGGCAUGCAAAAAUAUUCUUGUUUGUGUUACCACUUGGCUGUCACAAAUUGCGUGAUACGCUUCUUACGUUCAUGCGCGUCGCCUCCCAUGCCUCUUUUCUUGACCCACUUUGAGUUUGGGUUCUGACAUGGACUCGUUUUGCGACCAUAGCAAGAAACGCCUAUUAUAAAUAGGAGGCUCCGUCCUCCUCCGGCUUAAUCUCUGAACGCUCCUUUUUCUUUCUCCUACGUUAACAGACCCUGUGCUACUCUCACAUCGAUUAAAAUGCCUAUUCAAUUCAUCAGAAGACAACUUAGAAAGCUUUUGGGCCGUGACAAGCCAGAAGAGACCACCAAGCCAGUCGACAAGAAGGUUGACGAAACUACACCAGUCGAAGAGGCUGCUCCUGCUGACGAAGCUGCCCCCGCCGAAGAAGCCGUUGCCCCAGUCGACGAGUCUGUUACUGCCCCAGAAGCCGAAGUUGUUCCAAAUGCCAAGUAACUCCUUUUCUAGCUAAUCUAGCUACUACCCACAGAGGUAAUGAUUGCGGUAUUCCCCUAUACCCAUUCCGGUUUAACUCACGCUUUGUUUGUGUUCGGGGGAGGGGAUGGUUUGCGUUGAUUUUUUUCUUUCAUUUCUCGUCAACCAUGGCAACGGCUCCUUGAUUGGGUGCAAAUGGCUAGGGUGACGGGAGAGCAGCUGAACCGCUUUGAAAGCUGUCCGUAUAGUGUUUUUCCCCUUUCUAUCU